AUGUCUGAAUCGAAGGACCACAUCACUGUCCAGGCAUCUGGUGUAGACCAUGCACUACCUAAAGAUGCUCAGGUCGUCGCACAGAGUUCGAGUUCCCAGGCGGAAGCCUCUGAGCCCCCUGUGCAACCUGCGGACCUGGUCGAUCAGAAGAAAGGGUUUUUUGCCUAUUUCAGGACCAAAGAAUUCUAUAUCACCGUGCUUCUAGGUCAAAUCCUCGCCAUUGCCAAUACCUCGACCAGUACCUUCACAACACUACUUGGCCAGGAACAUUGGGCAGUCCCUGCGUUCCAGACCUUCCUAAACUAUGUCCUACUAAACGCCAUUUUUACUCCUUAUACGAUGUACCGUUACGGCUUUAAGGGCUGGCUCCGACUGGUAUACCGUGACGGCUGGAAAUACAUCAUCCUUGCUUUCUGUGAUGUAGAAGGCAACUACUUCAUUGUGCUAGCAUACCAAUACACAACCAUGCUAAGCGCGCAACUGAUCAACUUCUGGGCCAUCGUCGUGGUCGUCGUAAUCUCAUUCACUUUCCUGCGCGUGCGAUACCACUUCACCCAAGUGGCAGGUAUUGUGAUCUGUAUCGGCGGCAUGGGCAUCCUCAUUGCCUCGGAUCACAUCACCGGCACGAACGGCGGAGACAUAUCCAAAGGCAAUCAGCUGAAGGGCGACCUGUUUGCGCUGCUCGGCGCGUCCUUCUAUGGUCUCACCAACACGGGGGAGGAGUACUUCGUCAGCACUCGGCCCGUGUACGAGGUGCUCGGACAGAUGUCAUUCUUUGGAAUGAUAAUCAACGGCGCGCAGGCCGGCAUCUUUGACCGGACCUCCUUCAACAAUGCGCAGUGGAACGGAAAGGUCGGCGGAUACCUCACCGGCUACACGCUGUGUCUGAGUUUGUUCUACUGUCUCGCUCCGCUGUUGUUCCGUCUCUCCUCGGCGGCUUUCUUCAACGUCUCCAUGCUCACCAUGAACUUCUGGGGUGUGAUCAUUGGCGUCGAGGUCUUCCAUUACAAGAUCCAUUGGAUGUACCCGAUUGCCUUUGUGCUGAUCAUUAUUGGUCAACUCAUCUACUUCCUUGCCCAGAAGGUCUUGAGUGAAUCCCGCAAGCCCUGGCUUGGGACUAACCAGGAGCGUGGUAUUGUCGGUCUUUUCACUGCGAAGAGGAAGAUCAUCCAUGCCGUUCCUUCUGCUGCGGAAUAUCAUGAUCAAGAUCCUGAGCAUGUCCCUGAGCACACUCCCACGGUGAAUACCAGCUCUGUCUGA